GGCAGUUAGUGGGCGAGCCUUUCCUCGGGCACACUGAUCAGGUUUACUCGGUCUCGUUCUCUCCGGACGGGACUCGCAUCGUUUCUGGUUCGGACGAUAUGACAGUCCGGCUGUGGGAUGCAGUAACGGGGAAGCCUAUUAGAGAGAUCUUGGAGGGGCACAAUCACUGGGUCAUUUCAGUUUCGUUCUCUCCGGAUGGGACACGCAUCGUUUCUGGUUCGGGUGAUCGAACUGUCCGGCUGUGGGAUCUUGCAACAGGGCAGCCAGUCGGUGAGCCCUUGUGGGGGCACACUGAUUAUGUCAAUUCAGUCUCGUUCUCGCGGGAUGGUACCCGCAUCAUUUCCUCUUCGUCGGAUGGAACUGUCCGGGUGUGGUAUGCAGCGAUUGGGAAGUCAUUGCAGGACCAUGCCGAAGAAGACCAUUCAUCAUCAUCCUCGCACAGCAGUUGCAUCACACAUCCAACACCAGCCUUCCCCACACCCAACACUGCGAACGAUGCCUUCAUUUCCUACUCAUCACAACCGACUCAUGCACUGCGCGACACUGCUGAGCUACUCGCAGGCGCCCCACAUAAUGACCGCAGGUCGACGUUCAAUUUUCUGGAGGAAGAUGGAUGGAUGGUGGGACCUAAUCGUCGGCUCUUAUUCUGGGUACCACCCGCUUCUCAAAAGGCAUUCAGAUAUAAUCCUCGGACUGCAUUUGUGAUACCCAGUGGUGUUGAGCUUGAUUUGAGCUGCAUGGCACAUGGGACACGCUGGCAGCACUGCCGCAAGGAGUGAGUCUCCCUCGCAGUUAAAUAAUCCAAUCCUUAUAGCUCUUCAUUACAAUAGUCUCGUCCCAGUGUCCGGAGGUGUCAGAGAUGGUUUGUCGAGCACGAUAUGAUGUGCACAGUUAAUUCAUCGUCUAUUAUAUACGUAGCAUCCUAUUUGACUUGGGGUAGUUGGAGCGAACGACGUGCGUGUCAGAAAGGUU